AGUCCUGGAACUGGGAUAGGGCGCCAUCCAGUGGCAGGAAGAUAGUCUGUCAAAAAAUAUAUAUAGUCCUGUCUUGAGCAUGCUCACCAUACAACCCGUCAAUGAGGAGCUCCAGGCACAGGGAAAAAGAACCCUUCAGAGUAAGACCAAUGUUCCAUUCUCUCUUGCAGUGAUGUUAGAAACAAGAAGGGGUGAAUCACUUGAAUGCUGCUAUUUCUCUGGAAGUUGUAAUCCCACGUUCCGGGUACCUGGAGACAGCAGAAAAUGCUCACAGUGAAAGAUACACCCCACUGGACUGCCUCUGUACCUUCUGCUUUCCUUUCAUAUGGGGUCUUGGGCAUCACUGUAGUCAUUCUGAGAAAUAUAAUUCACCAUUAACUUCUGCCCAUCAUGCUAUAAAGAAUAAGUUAAGCAAAUAUAUAUAACUCAAAAAAGGAAACAUAGGUCAUACUAAAAUGCUAGCUACUGUUGGCUUGAUUUUCCAAGUAUUGAUGUCUUCAUUUCAGUCUGUUCUGUGAAAUAAGCAAAACAGAUAACAAAAUGUGUUUUACCUGUGGCUCUUUGAAUAUUGCAUCUUCUGGAUUGGAGAUAUACCAAUAAAAUUUCUAAGCAGAUGUUAUAGUUGAUAGCAUGCAGUUUAUCUAGGCAGGUGGAGUAUUGCAAUGUUCUGUUUAUGUGACUCAGGUAAGUUAUUGCCAUUUCUGUGCCUAAGUCACAGACCAAGUCAUCAUGGCAGUUCUGAUAUAUGACAGCCAUAAACCAGGCAGAUUUAUUACACAAGAGAUUUUGACUGGGCACAUUCACUGAGAGAAAAUUCUAUUUAAUAUAUGCCUAUGAAACCCUAAUGUAGCCACAGCAGAGCCUUUUUAAGACUGUGCGAGGCCCAGGGGCAGAAUGUCUUUUGAGACACCCUACACCCCUGCCACCACUUUCUUCUCACUGCAUCCUGUCUCAGCUUUUUUUCCUCUGGGGGAAAAAUGGUAGAUGUGCAUAUUUUUCAAGAACCAUCUAUAUUGACAUCAGAAUUAAAAGAACAGUAUGUUAAUAAUUUAUUAUUGAAAGAUAAAGAUCUGAAUAUUUUCAGAACACUGAUGGAAUUGUGAGUCUUCAGCAUGAGCGUGUGCUAUUGGCAUCCUCUGAAUUUGUCAAAGACAUAAGGCAGGGGAGAAGAAGGCAGGCUCAUCUUCAUUUCCCAGGACCAAUGCCAACCUUGCUACACCUCUGCUAUCAGCCAAGCUAGGAGAAGAUUAUGACUUAAUGGGCCCUGAUCAAAUUUCCAGAUCAAAACAACAAGAACAUCAUUGCCAUUGAAGUCAAUGACCUUGUAAAUGGAGCGGGGAUCCUAAAUACUGAAAUAACUCUUAAUAACUCUUAAUCUUGGACUCCACUGUUUCUGCAGAGUCUAAUUAAGGUGGUGUCCAGCAAUCCCUCUUGUAGUAUUAGAUUGGAUCAGUUUCAAUCUGUGAUGCCUGAUGACAUGGACAAGCUGCUUGGGGCGGUGCAGCCUACCACUUGUUCUCUGGAUCCUUGCCGGACUUGGCUGCUUUUAUCUAGCAGGAAGAUUGUGGGGGAUGGCUUAGUUAAUAUCAUUAACUCAUCGCUGAAGGAGAGUAGGAUGCCUCCUUGUUUGAAGAAGGCAAUUAUUAGACCACUUCUUAAGAAGCCUUCCCUAGAUCCCUCAGUGAUGGACAGUUAUAGACCAGUCUCCAAUCUCCCAUGGUUGGGUAAGGUGAUUGAGAGGGUGGUGGCUAACCAGCUCCAGGCAGUUUUGGAAGAAACUGAUUAUCUAGACCCAUUUCAAACUGGCUUUAGAGCGGGCUAUGGGGUUGAGUCUGCCUUGGUCGGCCUGAUGGAUGACCUUUACCAGGGAAUUGACAGAGGGAGUGUGACUCUGCUGGUUCUUUUGGAUCUUGGUGGCGCUCAAUACCAUCGACCAUGGUAUCCUUCUGGAUCACCUGGGGGAGUUGGGGAUAGGAGGCACUGCUUUGCAGUGGUUCCGCUCCUAUCUCUCAGGCAGGUUCCAGAUGGUGGAGCUUGGUGACAGUUCCUCUUUAAAAUGGGAGCUAUUAUAUGGAGUCCCUCGGGGCUCCAUUUUGUCACUAAUGCUUUUUAAUAUUUACAUGAAACCGCUGGGUGAGAUCAUCAGGAGAUUUGGUGCAGGGUGUUAUCAGUAUGCUGAUGACACCCAAAUUUAUUUCUCCUUAUCAUCAUCAUCUUCAUCAUCAGGAAAUGGCAUUCACUCCCUAAAUGCCUGCCUACAGGCAGUAAUGGGCUGGAUGAGGGAUAACAAAUUGAAGCUGAAUCCAUGCAACACGGAGGUGCUCAUUGUAGGGGAUUGGAAUUUAAGGGAUGAGUUAGAUCUUCCUGCGCUGGAUGGGGUCACAUUUCCCCAGAAGGAACAGGUACGCAGCUUGGGAGUGCUCCUGGAUCCAGACCUCACCAUAGUAUCUCAGGUGGAGGCUAUGGCCAGGAGCGCUUUCUAUCUGUUCCGGCUGAUUCGACAGCUACGUCCAUUCCUUGAAAAUAAUGAUCUCAAAACAGUGGUGCAUCAGCUGGUAACCUCCAGGCUCGACUACUGCAAUGCGCUCUACAUGGGGCUGCCUUUGUACGUAGUUCAGAAACUUCAGUUAGUUCAAAAUGCAGCAGCCAGAUUGGUCUCUGGGGUAACCCGGAGAGACCAUAUUAUGCCUGUCUUAAAACAGCUGCACUGGCUGCCAAUAUGUUUCCAGGCAAAAUACAAAGUGCUAGUUAUUACCUUUAAAGCUCUGAACGGCUUCGGUCCAGGUUACCUCAGAGAGCGCCUUCUACGGUAUGAUCCCCAUCGCUCAUUGAGGUCAUCUGGAGAGGUCCGUCUCCAGUUACCACCAGUACGUCUGGUGGCGACUCAGAACCAGGCCUUUUGUAUAGCUGCUCCUGGUCUAUGGAAUGCACUCCUGGCAGAUAUCCAGAGUUUAGGCUCGCUGUUGGCCUUUAAGAGAGCCCUAAAAACCUAUUUAUUUGGCCUGGCCUUCCAAGGCUUGUAAAGUGUUGUUGUUUUUAAAUGUAUUUUAAUUGGUUUUAAAUAGUUUUAAUCAUUUUUUAAUUGUUUUUAUAUUGUUUUUAGCAUUGUUUUAAUUGUGGGGUUUAUGUCUUUUUAAAAGUUGUCGUA